AAAAAGAACCAAUUCAGUGUCAGUAGCAGCUAGAUUUUCAUUAUUUGUAUUUUAAUUUUGCCUCAGAAUUCAAUUUAUGCACACAUUACAGAUGUUAUCUGUGAUAAGAAAAAAAAACAAACAAAAAAACCAUUACAUAUUGUGUGUCUUGCUUUAGACUUUGUAAGCCUACCAUACAUCUUGACACAAUUUAAUCAACAUUUCAAUAAUAACUUAAUUCACAGCUACCUUCUGUAAUUCCAGAAAACACCCAACCAGUCAUCCUGCUAGUAUCAACAGCUAUUAAAUAGUCAGAAGUGUGAAAAUUUAAAUCAAGAUGUCUCGGUCUCUAUCCAAACCACUGCAGUUUAUAGAUAAAAUGGAUGUUGAGUGUGCCAUCUGCCUCAACAGGUUUCACCAACCAAAGACACUGAAAUGCAUGCACACCUAUUGUCUACAGUGUAUCCAGAAAUGGGGAGAAACUCAUGGAAAGAUGAAAUGCCCCACAUGUGCACAAGAACAUGACCUAACAAAAGAUGAUUUAAAAGACCUUGCUUCAAAUACAACGAUAAGUCAACUACUAGAGUAUGUUACAAAAACUGAGGAUCAAAAACCAACUAAAUGUUCUUGCUGUGAUAUUAAUCAACCUGUAUACCACUGCCAGACAUGUCAACUAUAUCUAUGUGAAGGUCUAUGUAUCAAACAACACCAGAUAAUACCUGCAUUGAGGAACCAUUCACUUUACAUCCUAGACAAAAAGGAACAAGACGGCAGUUCAGAUGAACAUACCAGAUCCGAAGUUUGCUACACCGCACUCAAGUUUUUCUGCUCCACUUGCAACAAAGCAUGUCAACAUUUUCUUCAUUGUUAUCAAAAACAACACAAAGUGAUUCCAAUGUCAACUGCUAUAAGUGAGUUUAACAACAAUGCCACUGAAAUUGUCAAGUUAGCACAUGAAAUUGAAAAUAAAUUAUCAGAAAAACUAGAAUUUGUAAUUAAAGAUAGCUCAGAGUUUGAUUUACAACUGAAAUUAUGCAGAACAGCCAUCGAAAUUCAGGAAAAGAAACUUAUUAAAACAGUUACAGAGAAAAGAAAAGAAUUAAUGUCACACCUUGUAGAGAUGUACAAAGAGAAAAAAGAAGACACUGAUAGUAAAGUUCAAGAUAUUGAUUCCAAAAUGACUCAAAUAAUUGAUGUAAUAACCUCAGUCAAUACAAUUAUGAACAAACCUGAAGAAACAGAAACUCUUCAAUUACAUAGCACAACUAUUAAUGCUGUCAGAGACAAGGUCCUAGGAAAAGAUUUUGAUCAACCAUUUAAAAACCAAAAAAAUACACCAAAUUUCAUUCCAACUACACAACUGGAUGACUUGAUGGUUGCAGAGGGCAUUGGUAUCAUCACAACUGUUGAUAGCACAUGCCAGGCAGCUAAAGAUGAUGAAGAAAUUACUGGUACAAAAGAACAACCAUUUGUAGUGAAAGUUUUAAGUCCAACAGGGAGUGAUGAUUGUCAAUUACCAGUAAUUCUAAUUAACUCAUCAGGUAAAAAAUCAGCGACUAAUGUAGAAUAUCAGGGAAAUGGAGAGUACAAAAUAACAGGUAGAUGUAAUACGUCUACAGAAGGUGAUUGGGAAACAAAGAUUACUGUUGGAAAGGCACAUGGCAGAGGAUCACCAGUGAAGUUUAAGGGCAAUACGGAACAGAUAAACCAGGUGUUCAACCCAGGGUUUGGGAACUUUACUCAAGCCAUGCCACCACAACAAAGACCCAUCUACCCAACCCAAAUCACAAACCCAAGGUGGACCAGUGCUUACCAGCAAAGACCACUGAUCGGGCAUCAGCAUGCUAGCUUUAUACCUCCCGCACAAGGAACAAUUCCUUCACCUGUACAACCCUUCCAACCUAUACCACCUGUAUCUCUACAACACCACGUGAAUUAUGCUAAUGCUGGCAAUCAGAGUGUUGUUAGUCAGUCUGCUGGAAUGACUGUGAAUCAGAUGUCGCCCCGUUAUACUCCUGGGUGGAGACCUCAAGGCUGGGAGUCCAAGCCACAACCAAUGCACCAACAAGUUCCUGGUCAUGAGCCACUGACCAUAUCCAACCUGGCACAGGCCACCCCCAAGGAGCGGAAGCGGAUGAUUGGUGAGCGUUUAUACAGAAUCAUUGAGCUUAGCCACGAAGAGCUAGCCGGUAAAAUCACUGGAAUGUUGUUGGAAUUAGACAACAUUGAUUUGCUUCACAUGUUGGAAUCCCGAGACUCAUUGAGCGCAAUGAUUGACGAGGCUGCGAUUGUGUUGAAGGAUUACAAAGCUAAGAAGUCUGGUAAUAAAUCUACUGUGGCCGCUAGUGUGCAGUAACUCAGCCAGUGGGUUAGCAAGAAUAACAAAUAUACGUUUCGCUCACUAUUCGACCCUCCUUUUUAAUAUACGGGGAAAAAAAUCAGAUAUGUGAAAAAAAAAUCAGAUAUGUAAAAAAAAAUUAAAAUAAAAUGGUAACAACACAAAAAACAUAAAUAUGUUGUAGAUAAGAAAGAAAAUGGGACACACAAAAAAUAAAUAUAUAAAAUAGAAAACUGACACUGAUUCUAUAUUUUGUAUGAAUAAUGAUGUCUGUCUAAGAGAUAAAUAAUGUUGGAACUACAGUACUAUGUGAUGCCAAAAUACUGGUAAAGUAAAGUCGUCGAUAGAAGAACAAAUGAAUACAUAAAACAAAAACUAAAAUAUCUAUUAAAAAAAACUAUAAAAAAAGGGGAAAAAAGGAAGAUAUUGCCUUCUGUAAACUGUGCAGGGAAGCAGGUAGGCCUGUGUGCAACCUUGUUCGAUUUUUUUCUUCAUUAGGCGAGACUUUUUUUAUUCCUUGUUUACCGCACUUACUUUUUUAAAGAUCAUUGGAGGAGGAAGUAAUAAAAAUAAAAAUAAAUUUUGUUUUCUUAUUUAGCAAAUUGUUUUGCCAAUAACAUUUAGACGGAGGAGAAAAUGAACAUAAAAAACAUUGGUGGA